CACCUGUGCAUGUCCUCCAACUGUCUGCUGGGAGAAGGCCUAGCCCUGUUCUGUGUCUGUGCUGCCUUCAAGUCCUGUGGGAUUCCUGAACGCACCGCCCCUGGGGGUGUGGAUCCAGUUAUUCCCCGCUGACUGGAAGCAGUAGGUUAAAUCAUGGGACGGCGGUCCGAGCAGUGAGCCAGCCAGGCGGAGGACGGGGACAAAGCGGUGAUUCACCUCAGACUAGAUUAUCGCCAUCAGCGCAGCUGUCAGCUCACCAUCAUCAGUGUGCACGUCUGUUCGUGGCGGCGAGAGGCGACGUCGGGCUGACCCUGGAUCAGCCCAUGCAGGAGGAUGGAGAUAGAGAAGAGGACGAAUGGGUUCGACUUCCCGGAGAGAAACAACGCCAAGUCCGUUAACGGCUUCUACAGUGACCUUCCGCUGGAGUCUGAACAGAACGACAGCAUGGAUGAUCCGGCUGACCAGCGUACUUGCCUUAUCUGUGGAGAUCGCGCCACAGGCCUGCACUAUGGCAUCAUCUCCUGUGAGGGCUGCAAAGGCUUCUUCAAGCGCAGCAUCUGCAACAAGCGCGUGUACCGCUGCAGCCGCGACAAGAACUGCGAGAUGUCACGCAAGCAGCGCAACCGCUGCCAGUACUGCCGCCUGCUCAAGUGUCUGCAGAUGGGGAUGAACCGCAAAGCAAUCAGGGAGGAUGGCAUGCCAGGAGGGAGGAACAAAAGCAUCGGGCCUGUUCAGAUCACAGAGGAGGAGAUAGGGCGGAUCAUGUCGGGGCAGGAGUUCAAGGAGGAUGCCCCGGAGCACACCUGGGGAAACAACGGCGACAGCGACCACAGCUCUCCGAGCAACGGAGCCUCGGAGGGCAACCAGCCGUCACCCGCCUCCACUCUGUCAUCCAAUCGCUCUGUGGAAAUGAACGGCUACACGGCGGCCCUCAGGGACCAGUACAUCAACACCUCCAUGUCCACACACUACCAGCUCCUGCCUCACCUGUUCAGCUACGCCGCCCAGUCGGGCCUGCUGGCCCCCCAGCCCCGCAGCCUCUACCCACAGUCCCACCCACUGGUGCUGCAGCUGGUGGCUGCUGAAGACCUGGCCCCCCUGGCAACCCCUAUGCUGAUAGAAGACGGGUACAAAGUGACACAGGUGGAGCUGUUUGCCCUGCUGUGUCGUCUGGCAGAUGAGCUGCUCUUCCGCCAGAUCUCCUGGAUCAAGAAGCUGCCAUUCUUCUGCGAACUCUCCAUAGAGGACUACACCUGCCUGCUGAGCUCCACCUGGCAGGAGCUCAUCCUGCUCUCCUGCCUCACCAUCUACAGUUCCCAGAUUUUUGGAGACCUGGCUGACGUCACCGCCAAGUACACGCCGUCUGACGACGAGCUGCAGGGCUUCAGCGAGGAUGGUAUGGAGGUGAUGGAGAGGUUGAUAUAUCUGUUUCGCAAGUUCCACCAGUUGAAGAUCAGUAACGAGGAGUAUGCCUGCAUGAAAGCCAUCAACUUCCUCAACCAAGAUAUCAGAGGACUGUCCAACAUCUCCCAGCUGGAGCAGCUCAACAAGCGCUACUGGUAUGUGUGUCAGGACUACACUGAGUAUAAGUACCCGCACCAGCCCAAACGCUUCCCUGAGAUCAUGAUGUGUCUCCCGGAGAUCCGCUGCAUCGCAGGGAAGCUGGUGAAUGUCCCUCUGGAGCAGCUCCCCCUCUUGUUCAAAGCAGUCUUGCACUCCUGCAAAUCCAGCCUGACCAGCUACAGGACCGGCCCGUCACCCUGCGUGACCACCUCCGCCGGAAACUAGACCCGACCCCCGAGUCGAGGGACUGGUCUCCCCUCUUGUGAAUGUGACAAGCAGCUAGUUUGUUUUUUGUAACUUUUUCUUUAUAUAUUUAUUACACGACAGAGCUGAAUGUAUGCUGAUUUACACUGUGCACAUGCUUCUGUACAAAACAAAUGCUCGUAGAUGCAUUGGUCUUUGGAGUUUACAAGUGUGUAUCCGGUUUGCUCAAUGUGUCAGUGUUGCUAUUGUUAGAGCUAGACUUUAAAAGAGUUUAUUUUAUUCAGACGGGGGCGGAUAGACACAUGUGACGAGUGUUUUGAGACUACCUCAGGAAAAUGUUGUUGCUAUUUUCAGGUACCUUUUCUUUCUGUUAAAGAGAGAGUUGCCCAGUUUAAAACCAAAUCCCUGUGGAUGCUUUGGCACCUCAAUCACAGACUGAAUGUUCAAAGGAGCUGCAUAAAUCAAAAAAUUUAAAACAGUGUUUUGUUGCACUGAAAAUGCAAACGUGAUAAGCAAAAUGCAGCUACUUUAUCUGCAUGGACUCUCAGACAUCCUGCUAAUGGGAGGCGGUCUUGUCAAGUUAACAUUCCAUGGGUUAAGGUGACAGUUGUUGGAUUUGUGGGAUCGUCAUUGAAAAGAGUUUACGGGUAUUUUUUACAAUCAUAGACUGGGGAUGUGAGGCUUUAUUGCAGGGGAAGGAUAGUUAGGUUUGGUGUUUUAGUUUAAUUGUUUUUCUUUUUUGACCAAAGUGUUAUGCAAUGCUUUUUUCAAACACCCAUUGAUGGGUAGGGGGCCGAUGGCUCCCCCAAAAAAAGUUUCUUAUCGAUGAAGGAUCAGGAUGAGAAAUGAAUCAAUCUGUGUCCGUGGGGAGAACCCUCUGCUGGACAGACAAGUACGUUGCCAGAUGUCAUUGUAAAUGCUGCUAAACAUGCACACAGCCUUGUGCACACUAUAUGCAUAGAGCAGAUGUGAUGAUUGAUUUUCCCUCUGCUUCUUGUCAGAUGGCUUGUUUGUUUGGGCUCUGCCGCCUUCAGGCCCAGAACCUUGAUGCAGUGUUAGCCUGCUCUUAACACACCAUCACCUAAAUUUAAGGUCCAUGUUUAAUCUAAGAUGAGACAUAAAAUCUGGCGUUUAUUUAGAACAAACUAGAACCUGAAAGAACCACCUGGUGUUUUGAGCAGCGAGAGAUUUUCAUGGGUCAAAAUGAUAUGUGACUGACCUACUAGAACCAACUGACAACUGUAUUCAAUUCUGAACAGAAUCCCUGAAUAGAAACCGAAUAAACCUGAGUCGACAAAAAGUGGUCAACACUCGGUGUUUGCUGCCUCCUGUUCAUUGGAAGCUGCGAGGCUAGUUCUGUUAGCUUAUCCUGCUCCAAAGCGGUUGGGGAAACCCCACAUUAUAACCAAUUUGCCCUUUCAAACGUUUCAUUGGUUGUGUCAUGCCAGUUUUAGAGGAACUUGCACUGUUUUCAGGUCUUGUCAGGUCCAAUCAUAAUUUUGCACAGACCCAAGACCAGUAACAGUUUGAGUCGGACCUGUCCCACAUCGUGAGGGGUUUAGAAAGUGUGCACCUGAACUUGGUUCAGGUCUGGUCCUCAUGCUUUACUGACCAAACCAUUAUUUCUUUUCUGAACUGGCUAAUAGAAAGUUUGUGGAUUAUCACUUUAGGGAUGAAUUCAGUGUGAUUGAUCCGGACCAUGUCUCCAUGAAUCCAGGCUAGGUUUAGAGAAUUUAGGUGACUUACCUCUGGUUUGUGUACCCUCUGUGACAGAUAUGCACAUUGUUUAAAAGAAGCCAUAGAAAAUGGUCUUUAUUUUUGAAGUAUGAGAUGAUCAUUUCAAACCGCUUGAAGUGUCUUCUUGGAUUCCUCAAGUGUUUGGCCGUUUCAUGAUGUACGAACAAUUUGAAAUGCAGACAAAAUGCAGUCCUCGCAAUGACUCUUUUUUUUGCACACAACGGUGAGGCUCGGAAACCUUGACCUUUGACCUCGGCCACUGCCCACCCAGUGUGUUCCUCUCUCUCAGGUCCCUGCCGACCUGAAACUAAACAGGGUAAAGUGAGUGUUAUGUAUUGAAUUCAGGAGUUCCUCAGUGACCAUACUGAUGUACUUGUAGUAUUAGUAGACAUAGGUUCCAGGACAUUGUAGGUCCGCUGUAGAAGUGUUUUUCUUUUCCACUUUAUUUCCCUCAAGGUCUCUCCCCCCCCUCCCCCCAUUCAGUGAAAGUGGAUGUAAUUUGAAGAUGAGACAUGCAGUGUGGAUUUUUCUCUUGGCAUUUGAUGACGGGCGGAGAGAGAAGCGGUGGCAUCUUCAGAAUGUCGUGGCUCUCUGUCCUGUUCCCAUCAAACUGCCUGUGUAUAGCCUUAACACCAACAGUCCAAUGCAGUGUUCCUUUUUCAAAUGUUUGAUUUAGCCUCUUUUCAUCUUUUGAUUUUUAUACAUUUUCAUGUACCUUUGUAGUUAUGAAGUGAAUGUUUUGGGUUUUUGUUGUUUUUCAUGUGUUCAUUGUCUAUUUUUUUGGGAGUGGGGGGUGAAGUGAGUGAAGACAACCCCUAUCAUUUUUCUAAGGCUUAAAUGAAUUCUUGACUUUUUUUGGAUUUUUAUUAACUCAUUCCCUUGUCUACUGUAUUUUAUGGAAAAAGUAUUAUUCAGGUGGUGUCAGCCCCAUUUUAUAUGAACAAUACUGACAAUUCAGAGCCUUUUAUGUAUUAUUUGAAUCAUUUUACAAUGCAACUGUGAUGCUUUGGAGCCCUUUCUAGUUCCAAAGCUGAAUGAAAUUACUCAUUUUCUACCACCAGGAUUCUGAGAGCAGCUAAGAUGCCUGUGCUGAGAAUAUUCUCUCCAUUUCGUAAAAUAUGCAUCACUCAUCACAAAGGCUUCUGAGGUUAAAGCGAAAUUUCAGCUACAUUACAAAGAACAUACAAUAGUUUCUCACUUACCAAGCAGUUAAGAUUUUAGUUUUAUUUGUCCAGGUUUUAAAAUUCCUGACACCUCCGCAAAACAAGAGGAAGGUGAAUGGAAUUUAGUUUGUUUUGGGUGGACCUCAAAAUCUAAGAAUGUAAAACCACAACUGUCGAACAGCCAGAUAAAACUAAAGGUGAGUGAGAAAAUGUGUGUUUUUGACAUAUUGGUGAACUCAACCUUAGAACCAAAUAAUCUCAGGGAUAUGUACUUUUAUGCAACAAAAGUCUGAGUUAUGUAUCAUUAAAGGAAAAAAACGUAAUCCUUUACCACUGCUGAGUAACCGCUACAAUCGAGUUUCAUAGAAGAUUUUUCUAAAAUGAUUAUCAGAGCAAGGGCUUUUUUCUAGAGCUGCCAUUUGCACCAAUGUUUAACAAUCCACCUAUUUGCACAGAAACAGUCUGCUGAUACUUUGAACUGUUGCAGAAAGGUUCAGGGUGGCCAACAACAGUCACUUCAUCUCAAAGUUACUCCAGGAAUGCACUGAACAUCACAGACUGCUGAGAUCUGACAGUGGAAGAGGAUCUGAAGGGAGAUUUCUUUUAAUGUAGCAGCAAAUUAUAUCAAUACGGGCCUCUGCUCAUCAACAUAAAAUACAUCUCACCACUUCUACCUUACUGCCACUCUGACUUCCUGUCAUAUUUUGAUACAGGUGCUGAAGAAAGUGUUUUUUAUUUUCUGUAUUUGUAUUUUUUUGCAGACAAGAGAUAUGUUAUACAUUUGCAAUUUCUGUACUGAAACUACCUUUUUAUUUGUCAUCAUGUUGCUUUCUUUCAAUAGAAGAUAUUUUUGUCUUAUUUAUUGGUUUCAUUGCACCAAUGUUCUGUUAUUUUGUGUCUCUUUUUUCACUCAGUGACCUCUCAGAUUUAUAUACACUCUGUUUUCUUCCUCUUUUUUUAAUUAGUAGUAAACAUGUUGCCUCAUAAUCCUCUCUACCUCAGACUCACCUAGUAUUUUCUCUGAGAACAGUAAGAACACUCUUACUCUCUCCUUUCAGGGAUCCUCU